AUGAAAGAAGCGGCACGUAUAUAUAUCCAGGUGGUCUGGCUGGGUCAGGACCAUCACCAAAUACAAACCUCCACAACUAUGCUAAUGUCAUACGCCACAGCACGCACUCUCCCGUACGCCUUUCCGAAGGCCGAGCACCACCAUAUCGAACACAUUGAACACAUUGAACACAUUGAACACAUUGAACAUUUUGAACGCAAUGACCAUCAACACAUUGAGCACAUCGAGCACAUCGAGCACAUUGACAACACUCACGACAUUGGGUACGAAGUGGAAUAUGUCGAAUUUGCUGAAGAGGUAUCUGAGAUCUCUCUCUCUGAUUCUGAAACGGAACGCUCUUCGGUAUGUUCUAUGCCAGAGACGUGUGCCACUUCUGUUUCCGAUCUCGACGACGAUUACAUGAGCGCAGAGACCGUGGCUGAACUGGCUAACAACAAGAACAAGCUUGUGGUUGUUAUCGAUAGCGCCGUAUACGAUCUGAGCGACUACAAGGCACAAAACGGACUAGUGCAAAUGGUGCUGAAGUCUCUGAAUGGCACAGACGCUUCGUGGCAGUUCUGGAGAAUGAACACCCGACAGCAAUGGGAGGAGAUUCAGAAGUUUCGAAUCGGAGUGUCAACAGGAGUCCCCACCAAGUACAGCCCGCCUCGAGAGCGCUUCUUCUCUCUAAGAAGAGUCUACUGA